AUGCGCAGAACAGGCUGUUUGACCGGAGUUUUACUGAUCCUCGCCGGGGCCGGAGUGGCGUUUUGGUGGAUGCACUAUUCACCCUGGCAGCUUCGGCUAGAGCGCCGUGAUGGCGAUCCGCCGACCACCCGCGCGGUACAGCUGGACCCGCGCCAACGCACCGCCAGCGAUCCAUCGCAGCAACUCGAACGCUGGCCUGAAGGUCACGAGGUCCGCAACGUGAUUCUGCUGAUCGGCGACGGCCUGGGAUUCUCGCAGAUCCAGGCGGCGCGGUCCGAUCUGGUGGGGCUCGACGGCCGGUUGUUGUUCGAGCGCAUGCCCUUCACCGGCUGGUUGUCGACCCACUCUUAUUCGCGCGCCGUGCCAGAUUCUGCAGCCUCCGCCACGGCCAUGGCGACUGGCCAGAAGAUCCUCAACCGGCAGGUGGCGGUCGAUCCCGAGGGCCGGCCCUUGCGUACCGUGCUGGAGGCCGCCCGCGACCGCGGCCUGGCUACCGGCCUGGUGACCAGCAGCUACCUGGUCGACGCCACACCGGCCUCCUUCGCCAGCCAUGUCGAGUCGCGAUACGACUACGAUGAGAUCGCUCGCCAGCUGGCCGGAUCGGGGGUCGAUCUGUUGCUCGGCGAGCUCCGCCAAGACCUGGAAGCCGCCGAGCUCGCACGGCGCAUCGACCGGUUCGCCGCCGCCGGCUACUCGGUGCAUCGCGACUGGCGCUCGCUCGAAGCCGCCGAUGCCAAUCCUGUGGUCGGCCUAUUCGAUCCCGGCGUUAUUCCCGAUCCCGACCAGUCGCCGUCGCUGGCUGCCCUGACCGAACUCGCUCUCCGCCGGCUCACAGAGGCGCGGGAAGGCUACUUCCUGAUGAUCGAAGAAGAAGAAACCGACACCGCCUGUGCUGAGCUGGCCAUCGCCGCGGCCCGCGCCGACCCCCACACCCUGGUGCUGCUCACCGCCGACCACGAAACCGGUCAUUUCGGCAUCCACCGCGGCGAGCGCGGACAGCCGCUGGGGGUCCGCUUCGACAGCGACAAUCACACCGGCGUGCCAGUACCGAUCUACGCCUUCGGUGCCGGCGCCGAGCACUUCACCGGGGCGCUCGACAAUACUGACGUCGCCUGGCGUUUGGCCAAGUUGCUGGGUUUGGAGCUCGGUUCGCCGGGGCUUGCCGAAUGA